UUGUUUUUUUACUUCGAUGCUCUCUUUAGUUUUUUUUUAAUCAUUUCAUUUAUGCAUUAGUGGAUGCUCAUUAAGUACGCCUGCGUUCCAUACCAGCUCUCAAAGCAAUGUCUUCACAGUUCAUGGGUGAUUGCCAACCUAUAGCAUAAAAAAGGUUUAUUAAAGAUAUAAGUAUAUAAGUAUUUAGAUAAACUUACCCAAGCAGUUUAGUUUGGAGAGCUCACAGCGUCCGACGUUCCUCCAGCGCCAAGAUAAUUCGGUCCUUUGCCUGCACUCCCUAUUGAACAGGGGUAAAUCGCGAUCGAUUGAAUUAUUUAGACGCCUCACACAGGAUUCACAUUUCCUUGCCAAUUCGUCACAGUCCCGAUCUUGACCAGCAACCAGAGUCAGCGAUAUGACUAAGAACAAGAUGUUUAUGUUUUGAACAUAUUGUCAUAAUUAUUUCUAGCUUAAACUUACCAAAAAAGACGGUUAAAACUGUUUUAAGGCGCAUUAUUGUAGCUUAAACUCUCACGAUGGGAACUUAUCAGUUGACGCACUACAGAAGUUUCCGAUCCAACUUGACUUUAUAUAAAUACCAUAAACAAUAUAUCUCAGAAAUUACAGAUGUUUUACGAAAUAUGGCAAGUAUUUAAAUCAGAAAUAAAAACCUUUAGUAAAGGGUGGAAAAGUUUUAGGAAAUGUAUUCAAAGUAGGACAAGUUUUUGUUAAGUUGAAUAAGCCUUUUAUUUGCUUCCUGGAUGUCAGUAAAAAAGUGAAUCAAAAAUUAAAAGCCGGGUAUUUUUCUUUGAGCGGGCUACACUUUAUAAAAGCCCAUGUUUGGGCUAAAGCUACACAGUACGUACGCGAUUUUUAGUAAGAAAUUCACGAUGUCCAAGAUUACUCUGCUUAUUGCUUUUAUUUGCCUUUUCGUUAUCGUUCAGGCCCAAAGCGAUAGAGGUAUUUGUAGACGAAUUGUCGACAGAUGUGAGUCAAGGGUCGCGAGAAAUGGCAGAAACAACGAUAUUUCGAAUAUUUUCAAUGAGAACUGUCGGCGAACCCAUAGAAAUUGGCGCGAAAUCUCCCGAUGCGAACUCGCAAAAGCCAAUUGCAUAUUGACCCUAGAACGAUGUGAGACGUUGUCCUGCGAGAAUGUCCGGCGAGCCCUGGCCUAAUAAAAUACCGAGAUCAGAAUCGGAAAAUGUAAUCGACAUACACAUAAAAAAGAAAAACAUUUUUUACUGCAAUGAAAUAAAUAC